UUUUGUGUUCAACGUAGUGCCAAGGGCCGAUUGCACGAGCUUAUGCAAAACGAUCGGGAGUUCACACAAGAGGAUCGUGAGCUGAUUAAUCCAUGUAAUAGCAAAUCUAUAACCCAGGCUAUGGACUUCGUUAAGAAUCCUGUGGACUGCUGUCACCAUGUGCAUUUGCUGAUACGAGAAUUGCUGCAUAUAAUCGGCAUCAAGAAGGAUGAUCCGAAGACAAAGGAUGCCAUACUUUAUCAUGGUGAAACUUGGGACUUAAUGCGCUGUCGCUGGGAGAAGAUCGAGAAGGACUUUAGUACCAAAUCAAAACUAUUUGAUAUUUCCAAAAUUCCUGAUAUUUACGAUUGCAUCAAAUAUGAUUUGCAGCAUAAUCAACAUACACUGCAAUACGAUCAGGCCGAGGAGCUAUAUAUCUAUGCUAAGAAUCUUGCGGAUAUUGUCAUACCGCAGGAAUACGGAUUGACUCCCCAAGAGAAAUUGGCUAUUGGCCAGGGCAUUUGCUCGCCGUUGCUGCGCAAGAUCAAAGGUGACCUGCAGCGCAAUAUUGACGAGAUCGAGGAUGAGUUCAUGAAUCGAUUGAAUCCCCAUUAUAGUCACGGUGUCGCCAGCCCGCAGCGUCAUGUGCGUACUCGCCUCUAUUUCACCAGUGAAUCGCAUGUCCAUUCCCUGUUAACGGUAUUACGUUACGGUGGAUUGUUAAACGUUGUUACAGACGAGCAAUGGCGACGAGCUAUGGAUUAUAUAUCGAUGGUAUCGGAGCUCAAUUAUAUGUCUCAAAUAGUUAUAAUGUUGUAUGAGGAUCCGACCAAAGAUCCUACUUCUGAGGAGCGCUUUCAUGUCGAGCUUCACUUUAGUCCGGGUGUCAAUUGCUGUGUGCAAAAAAAUUUGCCGCCGGGUCCUGGUUUUCGUCCACAUUCGCAUGGUGACAAUUCCUGCAGCGUGAGCAUGCAGUCCAACGAGGAUUCGAACCCUUCACGUAUCGAAGAGGAAAACGAUUCAGUUUCUGGAGAUGAACAACAGGGCAAGAAGCGCACCUGCCCCCUGCGCAGCUCAGCAAACUCCUUUGGUUUUAAUCGACUGGAAUUGCGCUCCAAACAGGGCAAGUCGAAGCCUAUUCCGAUUGGCGCCCAUCAUACAGUAAGCGGGCAUGAGGCAAUGGAUCUGGCCAAGCGACUAAAUGAAGAGCUUGCUUCGCAGCAUCAACAGCAGCUGCAGAGCCAACAUCAAAAGCAUCAUCAGCAGCAACUGCGACCUAUUAGUCCCGAUAUACGAGCUGUGAGUCCAGACUGUGAGCCGCGGUCGCGCAGCUUUGACCAGCGUGGGUCGCCGACGGCCAAUCGUGGCAAGGAGGCGGGUAUGUAUGUGAGCGGUAUGCGCGUUGCAAUAUAAUACCAAA